AUGAAGGUCCAAACCAUGAUGAAUCUGCUGCUAUUGUAUUGUGUUUUCCUCACUAAUGUCAGCGGCUAUCUUGGUGUCGACGGAUUCAUUAGCGCGUUCAGGCUUUUGAAGAGUGGAAGUAGUCUACGCGAAGCAGAGCAAGUGACUGCAUCAAUGAAGAAACUAUGGAGCGAAGCCAACGGAAUGCGGGGUGCAAUGGGCUCUGCAACGCGUGUGGACAUGAAAGCUUCGAAAGCGGGCCUCGAAACUAUGAGAGCACAACCAAUGGCGAGAACCUUCAGUCGUCGAUCCAGCGUCAAAACCUUAACGCGUAGGAACAGUAAUCACCAAAAUUCUGCACCCGGAAAGUGAUCAAAGAUGGACCCACCCGUGCAAUCGUUGCACCAUGGUCAUAGGAGGAGGAUGCUUGUAAGAUUGCAGCUGCAAUUAUACAAGGGACCAAGCAACCAGGUUUUCUUUGUAGUUUCUUUCAUCUGAUGCAUUCUUCUCAUAUUUUCAUCUUUUGUGCUAUCUUCUGCCAAUGGUUUCUUUUUCCGUUUU